GGAAAGCGCCCCGCCGGCGGCGCUUCAUGGGCCGCCAUGGGGGCCGGUUCUGCGGGCCGGGGGUCCCGCGAGGCCCGCGCAGCAACCCCUGCAAGGCGGCCCGCGGCCGGGAGCUCUGGCGAGCGAGGACCAUGCGGGACCCGGGGGCGGCGCCCGACUGCUGCGGGGGCUUCGGCAACCUGGACCUCAGGCAGGCAGACCUCUGCGUUAUGACCAGGUUGCUGGGCUACGUGGACCCCUCUGAUGCCCGCUUCGUGGCUGCAGUUCUCACCAUCGCUUUCAAUCCACUCUUCUGGAAUGUGGUCGCCAGAUGGGAACACAAGACCCGCAAGCUGAGCAGGGCCUUCGGGUCACCCCGCCUGGCCUGCUACACCCUGGGCGGCGCCAUCCUGCUCCUCAACUUACUGCGCUCCCACUGCUUCACGCAGGCCAUGCUGAGCCAGCCCCAGAUGGAGAGCCUGGGCGGCCCCACGGGCUACCGCCUGGGCCUGGCGCUCCUGGGCGUGGGCAGCGUCUUCGUACUUUCCAGUUUCCUGGCGCUGGGCUUCACCGGGACCUUCCUAGGCGACUACUUCGGGAUCCUCAUGGAGGCGAGAGUGACCCGGUUCCCGUUCAGCGUCCUGGACAACCCCAUGUACUGGGGCAGCACGGCCGUCUACCUGGGCUGGGCCCUCAUGCACGCCAGCCCCGCCGGCCUGCUGCUGACGCUGGUGGUGGCUGCCACCUACAAGCUCGCCAUCCUGUUCGAGGAGCCCUUCACCGCCGAGAUCUACCGGCAGAGAGGCUCCCAGGCCCGCAAGAGGAGCUGACGGCGCCCCCGGCCCUGAGCACCCCGCCCUGCGAGAAGGAGAGGGCGCCGGGCACGGGCGUCCAGUGCUUUGGAAACGGCCUCGGGGGCCCUGGACGGGCGCCAUGUGGUCCCCGAGCCCCCUGCCCUGCUGCCGCCACGUCCUGACUCGCCAAUAAAGGCGCCUGACACCAA